AUGCUAGGGCGCCGUGCUCUUACUACCAGGAUAACCUGCACGGCCGGAGGUAUUGGCGGCGUCGCCUUCCCUCUGAUCAUUCUUUGCCUGGCCUCUCAGGUGGGCUUCCCAAGGGCCAUCAGGACGAUUGGCGCGGCAAUCGACCUCAAGGCGUUGAGAGAGGCAAAAUUCGGUCUCGCCACAUUGGCCGUAAUCCUGAUCGAGUUCGCCGUCUUCAUACCUUACGCCUACAUAUGCUCGUACGCUAUACAUGAGGGCAUCGACCUCCAGAAAUCCCCAGUACUGAGUGCUCUGCUCAACGCCGGCGCUAUCCCAGGCCGGGCCCUUCCGCGUUACGUCGCAGACCGGUUUGGCCCCUUCAACUUCAUGUACACCGCCGCCUUGGUAUUUUCGACAUUCAUCUUGGCGCUUUGGAUGACAGUCCAUGGAUGA